GCCUCCCCCUGCAUUCUCCAGCCCCAGCGCUGCCUUUGCUGCCACUGCCACCAGCUCUCCUCCUCACAGCCUCUGGCCUAUUGACCCCCGCCCUUGCCCCGCUGUUUCUCUCACCUGGCCAUGACCUCAGAGGCCCCAGCCUGGGCCUAAGCCCUGGGACCCCCAGAGCCCUCCCCUGGGCCAUGGCCAACUCCGGUCUUCAGCUCCUGGGCUACUUCCUGGCCCUGGGAGGCUGGGUGGGCAUCAUCGCCAGCACGGUCCUCCCGCAGUGGAAGCAGUCCUCCUACGCGGGCGACGCCAUCAUCACCGCCGUGGGCCUCUACGAAGGGCUCUGGAUGUCCUGCGCCUCCCAGAGCACCGGGCAGGUGCAGUGCAAGCUCUACGACUCGCUGCUCGCCCUGGACGGUCACAUCCAGUCAGCGCGAGCGCUCAUGGUGGUGGCCGUGCUCCUGGGCUUUGUGGCCAUGAUCCUCAGUGUUGUGGGCAUGAAGUGCACCCGGGUUGGAGACAGCAACCCCAUCGCCAAGGGCCGCGUCGCCAUCUCAGGGGGCGCCCUCUUCCUCCUGGCGGGCCUCUGCACUUUGACAGCCGUCUCAUGGUAUGCCACCCUGGUGACCACGGAGUUCUUUAACCCAAGCACGCCUGUCAAUGCCAGGUACGAGUUUGGCCCAGCACUGUUUGUGGGCUGGGCCUCUGCUGGCCUGGCCAUGCUGGGGGGCUCCUUCCUCUGCUGCUCCUGCCCGAAGCCUGGGAGAUCCAGCAGCAGCCCGCAGCCCUACCGGCCUGGCCCCUCAGCUGCAGCCCGAGAGUACGUCUGAGCCCCACACACCUGCCCGCCUGCUGGCCCCCGCCAGCCCU